AUGUUAGGUUUACUUCUGAAAAGUACAAGCGGAAAUCCCAAAGUAUAUAAUGCGUGUACCAUCGUCCCGAAUGGAAAUUACUAUUCAAACCCAGAAGCUGCCAAUACUUCCGCUGAGUGGCAUUUGUUCAAGGAUUGUCACUUUUAUCAUAUGAACUUCCACACCAGUGUGUCCGGGACGGCUCUCAAGGAAAACAGGUGCUGCAGGGUGUGUUGCAACGUAACCUUCACUUUAGGAAGGUACACGAGGUAUAGCCUCUUUGACCAGCAUGCCCCGUAUGGAUUUCCAUGUGGCCCCAACAAGAUCUGUGACAGGCAUCAAGUUUGCAUUAAAAAGCCCAACGAAAUCGUCGAAAUAGAAGAGACAACUGAAAGAAAUAAUGUUUUUGUGAAUGAAACAUUCUGGUAUUCAGACGAGGUCUACGAAGAACAGCUCAAUAAAAGGCGGUAUUUGGCUUACUAA